GAAAAAAAAACAAACUAUAUUAGAUUAGAUAGUCAAUGGAUAAAACACCACAGACAGGCAUAUAGCCGAGCAGAUAGCUCAGAUUCCUUCCAUGGAGAUGACGACUAUUCUUCACUCUUCUUCUCUCACUAAUCUCCCAUUCCACAAUCCUCUCUUUGGCUCAAAAUUCCCACACUCUUUCUCCACAACAAUCCACCAUCGACCUUCUCUUUCCUCUCUAUGUCUAACCAUUUCUCAUCCUCCCCCUCGAAAAUCUCUCUCCACCAACUGCUCUUUCUCUGAUGACACUACUUCCAUUUCAGCAACAAAGGUUGUUACUGUGGAUCCCUCCAUUGCUUUGAAGAAGAGAGCAACGGAUAUAUCUGCUGAUCUGAGAGGAACUUCUAUAUUUCUAGUGGGGAUGAACAACUCCAUUAAAUCCAGUUUGGGGAAACUGCUGGCAGAUUUAUUACGUUAUUAUUACUUUGAUAGUGAUGCUUUGGUCUCAGAAGCUGCUGGGGGUGAAUCUGCUGCCAUAUCCUUAAAGAAGAGUGAUGAGAAGGGAUUCAAAGAGUCUGAGACUGAAGUAUUGAAGCAGUUAUCAUCUAUGGGUAGACUAGUGGUGUGUGCUGGUGAUGGUGCAGUUCAAAAUUCAACAAAUUUGGCACUUCUACGGCAUGGCAUCUCGAUAUGGAUUGAUGUGCCCUUGGACAUGAUAGCCAAGGAAAUAAUAGAAAACAAGAGUCACCUUUUAUCACCAGAAAUAUCUAUUUCUGGAUCUUAUUCAGAGGUUUCGUCCCAGCUAACAGCUCUUUAUGAAGACAUGAGAAGAGGAUAUGCCACUGCUGAUGCAACUGUUUCGAUUCAAACUUCUUUGCAGAAGUAGCAUAUCAACUAGGUUACGAGGACAUGGAUGCAGUAUCAACAGAAGACAUAACUAUGGAG